AUGCGUGAAUACAAACUAGUUGUUCUUGGCUCAGGGGGUAUUGGAAAGCCUGCCCUGGACCAAUUUAAGGCAAUGAGAGAUUUGUACAUGAAAAAUGGGCAAGGCUUUGCAUUAGUCUACUCUAUCACAGCACAGUCCAUAGUUAAUGAUUUACAAGAUCUUCGAGAGCAAAUACUUCAAGUUAAAGACACCGAUGAUGUGCCAAUGAUUCUUGUUGGUAAUAAGUGUGACUUGGAAGAUGAAAGAGUUGUAGGAAAAGAGCAAGGGCAGAACCUAGCAAGACAAUGGAACAACUGUGCUUUCUUAGAAUCCUCUGCUAAAUCAAAGAUAAACGUUAACGAGAUCUUUUAUGAUCUAGUCCGGCAAAUUAACAGAAGAACUCUAGUGCUUGGGAAGGCACGUAAAAAGUCAUCAUGUCAGUUGUUUUAA